UGGAAAUACCAGCGAGUGUAGUGCAGCUGAAGAGCUCAAUGGCAGCUGCUGACAAAUCCUUCACCGGUUGGCUCAAACGAGAAGACUGUAAACGCACAAAACAUGAUUCCGCUUUCUCCGACUGGAAGAUUCUGGUUGGGCCUAAUGAUUGGGAGGAUUAUUUACUGGGGAAGGAAGGAACAGAGAGAUAUAGGACUCAGAACCUGCCAAACUGCACCUCAUGCUCUGGAGUUUAUGAACUGGGAAUAGCUGUGUCACGACGAAAGACUGAGCGAGAGGCUAGCAGACUUGGCGCUGAUUAUAUUGUUCCUGUAUAUGUUGGAAAAUCGGAUAAUGUUAGGACUAGGCUGCAGCAAUAUGGACGUGUAGGUGCUCAUUUAGAGAAUGACUGUUACAACAGCGAGCUACGCGUUGAUAAAAAUAUAUCUGGUCCAAAGAGAGCUGGAUUAUUUACAGAAACAUUCUCAAGAGGCUUCUCUAUUGUUUAUAGGUGGGCACCUAUGAAUGACAAUAAAGAUGCAGAGAGAACUGAAGCCCAGCUGCUCGACAAAUUUGAUUAUGCUUGGAAUAAAGGAAGUAAUGGUGUACGUCGCCACAAUGAUGUCCUCCGCAAGCUUGAUGGCAUUUCAAGAGAAAGUCGUUUUCCUGCUUUCAUCAGGAAACUUCAACUGUCCCUUGGGAAACGAAAGGGCAUUAGAAUCAAGGCAUGCGAGCCCCUUUUAUUGGAGAAUGGAUCUGAUUUUCAUGAUAGCUUCAAAAGCACCAACUUCCUUCCACAAAUUUUGAAAUUUGGGCGAUCACAGCCAAGGAUAGUUUCACUGAAUUUUGGUGUAAAUGGUGAUCCAAAUAUUAUUUGUGGCGUGGCUUUAGGUCAUGGAUCUGUCUGUAUAAGGCCUCCAAUAACAGGAAAUAAACGAUGUGCUGAGCACAAGGGAAUGAAGGUAAACAGUGUAAAGUCUAAGUUGAUUGCAGAAGGAAAUGAGAGCACAAGAUCGUGUGCGAGUAUAGGUGAGGAAAAUGCUCCAAUUUGUGGUUUUAUCUUGGAUAGUGGUUCUCCUUGUGCAAGAAUACCAUUCCAGAGAAACAAAAGAUGUAUGGAGCACAAGGGAUGGAGAAAUCAAGGCUCCAUUUCUCAGCCAAUGACAGACAAAAUUGGCCAGUGGACCCACAAUCCUAUACUGGAAAACAGGACUUCUUCUAUUAAUGAUUGUCAGCAUAUUUUUUCUAGCAGAGCGGGUACACAAGACUCUCAAGAUUUCUCCAGUUCUCUUAUCCACCAGAACUACAAUGUCAUAUGUGGAGUUCAUUUAAAUGAUGGUAGUUUCUGCACCAGGCAACCUGCAGUAGGAAGAAAGCGGUGUGUAGGACAUAAGGGUAUGAGGGUUAAAGAGCCCAUUUCUAAACAAUUAGGAGUUAAAAUACCAAGUUUAUUUGCAGGUCAGUUGCCAAAAUUAGCAGUGGAAAAAAGCAUCUGAAUAUAGACAUUCCAUCAGUCAACUAUUCUCCAACUUGUGGAGCAACAUUGCGUAAUGGUUCUUUUUGCAGAAGGAAAUCUUCGUAAGGUAAUAAAAGAUGCUGGCAGCACAAAGGCAGGAAGAACUGAAUAAGCACUCCACAACCUGCAUAAUGUAGUUUCAUCAGUCGUGGUGCACCCUUACACAGUGGUUCCUACUGUAAAAGGUCACUGCACCAAAGGAUGCAAUAUAGCGGUCAAUGAAACUAGACUGAGGACCAUAAGACGCCAGGGUACGAAGCUCAGCAGAGGGAGGAUGCAUGCACCUAAUGGAAUAGAUGGGUAUCCACAGGCUGUCUUAGACACAACCAAUUUGAAGUUGAUGUUGGCAUCUUAAAGGCAUGAGGGAGAUGUUCAGAUGUUUCAACUGGCGUAAGAUAUUAGCAGGUAGCAUAAUAUGUGAGGACAGCAAGUCUUCAAAUUUGUCAUCCAUGUGUGCUUCAAAUAAAAAUUAUGGGAAAUUCUAGUUACUAGUAUGUGUAUAUUUACAAAGAUAGUUUGCCGUGUCGCUUUGCUGUUCUGAAGACAAAUUGUCCCUACGGUUUGGUCGUGCUAAACAACUUAACGUUUGCUGUUGUGAGAUGAAGAUGUCAGACUGAUUGAUAUCAGUGUCUGUAAUCUAAUAAAACUAUAUAGUUC